GGGAAGUGGGAGGUGGAGGUGGUGGUUGAAGGUAAUGGAAAUGGUUACUGGAUGGAAUGUCUGUCUCGUCUCGUCGUUCUGUCUGCCUCCAUCUAUUCCGGCCGUCUACUCCACUCGUACUCUCUUCCUACCACCACCACUACUACUCCGUACUGCUACUACUAUUACAACCGUUUACUACGCAUACCCGUAAAUCCAAAGCCCCAUCAUAUCAUACCCGCGAAAGUCCGCGAUUGGAAGCCAUCAGAUCCGCAGACAUCCCAUAGUACGUAUGCACUCGUAAUGAUAGAUAGACUCUCUACGGAGUAACAGAGGGAGAAUUGGAGUAAUCAUAUCUUGAUACUGAUACCAAGAUGAUGGCGUCAAAAACGUGUAACAAUCCUGCAUCUUGCAUACAGCAAUCAAGCAAUCAACAACCAGCAUCUUGCAACCAGCAUCCAGCAUCUUUAGCAUCCUAGCACUCACACCUUUUCGAAACUUCCCUGCACCUCAAAG